AUGAGAGGAUUUUCACUGCUACACAGCGGAGCAAACACAGCGCCGAGGAUGCAAGCACUACUGACAGUAUGGUAUCUGAUAAGCGCAUGUCUGGUGGCACCAGUGGCAGCCAAGAAAAGGACGCUGACGGCGACGUCGCUGGUCACGUGCAUGGAGAAUUCACAGCUAUCGGCCAAUAGCUUCGAGGUGUCGUUCUCUCCAGACGACAGAGCACUGCAUUAUGAUCUGGAUAUGACCACGCAGAUCGAUUCAUACAUCAGCGCGUACGUGGACGUGUACGCGUACGGGUUCAAAAUCAUAAAGGAGGACUUCGACGUGUGCUCUAUGAACUGGAAGCAGUUCUGCCCCGUGCACCCAGGUAACAUCCAGAUCGACUCGAUCGAGUACAUCGCGCAGAAUUACGUGGACAUGAUUCCCGGGAUCGCGUACCAAGUGCCGGAUAUCGACGCGUACUUGAGGCUUAACAUUUACAACAACGUUAGCGAGAAUUUGGCGUGCAUCCAGGUUUUCUUUUCCAAUGGGAAGACCGUUUCGCAGAUCGGUGUCAAAUGGGUCACUGCUGUCAUAGCCGGUAUCGGUUUGCUGACCUCGGCCAUUCUGUCCACUUUCGGGAGCUCCACAGCGGCAUCGCACAUUUCAGCAAACACCAUGUCGCUGUUCUUGUACUUCCAGUCCGUCGCCGUCGUCGCGAUGCAACACGUUGAUAGCGUCCCACCCAUUGCUGCGGCGUGGUCGGAAAACCUGGCUUGGUCGAUGGGGUUGAUCCGUAUCACAUUCAUGCAGAAGAUUUUCCGUUGGUACGUGGACGCGACCGGGGGCUCUGCGUCACUGUAUUUGACAGCGACAACAAUGUCUGUGCUCACGCAGAGAGGCCUGGACUACCUAAAAGCCACCUCCAUCUACAAGAGGGCCGAAAACGUCUUGUAUGGUAACGCAAACACUUUGAUCUUCAGAGGUAUCAAAAGAAUGGGGUACCGUAUGAAAAUUGAAAACACCGCCAUCGUCUGUACAGGGUUUACGUUCUUUGUAUUAUGCGGGUACUUUUUAGCCGGGUUUAUCAUGGCCUGUAAGUAUGGUAUUGAGCUGUGCAUAAGAUGUGGCUGGGUACGAAGUGACCGGUUUUACCAAUUCAGACAGAAUUGGAAGUCCGUUUUAAAGGGUUCCUUAUUAAGAUACCUCUACAUUGGAUUUACGCAACUGACCAUUUUAAGUUUUUGGGAGUUCACCGAAAGAGAUUCCGCGGGGGUUAUAGUCAUUGCAUGUUUGUUUAUCAUCCUAUCAUGCGGAUUGAUGGCUUGGGCUGCAUACAGAACGAUUUUCUUUGCUAGCAAGUCCGUGGAAAUGUACAACAACCCAGCCGCCUUAUUGUAUGGUGACGAAUACGUCCUAAACAAGUACGGGUUUUUCUACACCAUGUUCAACGCAAACCAUUAUUGGUGGAACGCCGUCUUGAUGACGUACGUUUUCAUUAAGGCGCUAUUCAUUGGAUUUGCACAAGCUUCUGGUAAAACACAAGCGUUGGCAAUUUUUAUCAUUGAUCUAGCAUAUUUCGUUGCCAUCAUUCGUAAUAAACCAUAUCUGGACCGUCCAACAAAUAUCGUCAACAUUUUUAUUUCCACUGUUACCUUGGUCAAUUCGUUCCUUUUCAUGUUUUUCUCAGACUUAUUCAAUCAGAACUACGCUGUGUCUGCCGUUAUGGGUUGGGUGUUUUUCAUCAUGAACGCCGCUUUCUCUUUAUUGUUAUUAUUAAUGAUCUUAACCUUUACGGCAAUUAUUGUAUUUUCCAAGAAUCCAGACUCAAGAUUCAAACCAGCAAAGGAUGACAGAGCAUCUUUCCAAAGACAUACUAUUCCCCACGAGGGCGGUUUGAAUAAAUCCGUGGCUAACGAGUUAAUGGCUCUAGGUAAUGUGGCAAAGGAUCAUACUGAAAACUGGGAAUACAAAUUAAAGAGUCAAGAAGGCAAAAGUGACGAAAAUCUUUUCGGCGUCGAUUACGACGAUGAGAAAACCGGUUCCAACUCAGAUAAUGCAGAAAAUAGUAGUAAAGAGACUACUCGUCCGACUUUCUCCGAGAAAGUUUUACGUUCAUUAUCCAUCAAGAGGAAUAAGAGUAAGCUUGGCAGCAAUAGAAGGAAAACUCCCGUGAAGGUAGCACAGAAAGAGCCAUCAACCGGCAGUACAAACUCUUCGCCUAUCAACAAAUCAUACCCCGGUAUUUCGCAUAUGAGGCAAGAAUCUGAGGCAAACAAUGGUCUAAUAAACGCCUACGAAGACGAAGAAUUCAAUCUGAUGGAACCAAACGUGCCAGAAGAUGCAACCAGUUUCAAUCAAAUGGACAUUAUGCCAAUACGAGAUAUGAGUUUGAACAGCAUGCCAAAUACCCAAGACGUUACCAAAAAGGCAAAUAUCCUGGAUUCUAAUUAUUUGUAG